CGAGCAUCCUCCCCCACCCCGGCUCUGCCUGACCUCCAAGGUUCUCGUAUCGCCACUCGUCCGCCUCGCGCUUGAUCAGGUGUACGAGUACUGCGAGCAGCUCGACAUCGUCAAUCACCCACCCGCCGCAGUCGCCGUGCCGGAUCUCCGUGCGCAUCGCUCUCUAACUGGGCUGCCCAGCUCACGCCCACGGACCCGCCGCCCUUCCCGCCGAUCGUCUUCGUCCCCCCGAGCGCCGUCCAGAAACUCAGCAUGUGGGAGUACCAGAAGUGGCCGCACGGCCAGAAACCCUCGCCGACCUCUCCCCUCGCCGCCCACUCGAACGUCCCUACAGGCAUCAGCAGCUUGCAGGGCAGGAGCAUGAGCGAGGGCGACGCAGCGGCGGCAGUGGGACUCGGUGUUUCCUCCACAAGCCGAUCGUCGCUCUCCCCACCACUGUUCAGCUCGUCCGAUUCGACAGUGAUAUCCACCGCCCCGUCCAUCGUGCCGUCCCGGUCGAUGUCGCUCUCGACCACGAGCUUCGCCUCCUCCCCCGAGGCACGGCACGCACUGGAGAAGGGCAAGGACCGCGAGCGCAACGCGUCCGAGAUGCUGGCCGAGUAUCCGUUCCCACGGACACCAUCCUCGCUGAGCAGCCGCACGCCGGACUCGUCGAGGGUUGCCAGCGCACACUCGAGCAGGGACGACUCGCCCGAGCUGUCGAGCAACGCUGCGCGGAACGCGCGAUCGACGAAGCCCAAGAUCCGCGCGAAGGACAAGGACCGCGAGAAGCGCACGGACGACCGGAUCGCGGGCCUCCUCGUGGAACGCACGCAGGAACGCCUGAACAUCUCCGCGCAUGCCCGGCCGGACGCGCACGUCGUGCAGCACCACGCGCGGGCAGCGAAGGACACGCACGCGCUGAGCUUCGCGGAGUUGUACGAGCCUGGGUUCGCGUGGACGAUGACGAACAUGGAUAUGUUCAUGCCUGCACUGGGUGCGCGGAGACGGGGUAUCGAGCUUGGGAAGGAGGAGGAAGAGGAGGAGGUGCCGAUGGACUCGGAGGUCAAGGAGGCCCUCGCGGCUGCGAAUGCAGUGGUCGAGGCAGCUACUGAAGUCAAGAGGGCGCUGGAGGAGCUCCAGCGGGCGGAUGAGGUGGAGAAGGUGAAGGAGCGGCACCAUUACGAACAGCGGGAGCAGCGCCAGGCAGAGAAGAAGCAUAUUGCGGGGCUCGUCGCAGCGCAUCGCGAGCGCGACGAGGACCACGUGCGGUAUGUCGCUGCGGAACGCGAGAAGGAGGAGAAGAAGGGGAAGGAAAAGGAGAAGCAGAGAGAAGAGAAGAAGGGGAAGGACCGCGACCGAGGCAGUCGUCGGUCGUCGCCUGUGGCCGAGGAGCGCGGGCACACAUCACCCAAGCGCAGCGGGCGGACGAGCCCGAAGGAGAAGGAACACCGGGAGCGCGACAAGGACCGGACGUUUCCAGGACACAAAGAGCGCAAGUCGAACUCUCCCAAGUUCGACGGUGCACAAGGCGAAGAGCAUCAUGUCGGGCGGGUGAGCUCAGGUUGGCACGCUCGCCAUCGGUGGAGGCGAUCCUUACUGGUCGAUAUAAACAUGUGUUUCGAUGAUAGUAGCAGUUUGAUUACAAUACAUGAUACUCCUGAGACUGGGAACUGAUAUAGUGCUAGCUACGUGGCCUGGUGCGAGUCAGUGUCCACUACGGCUUGCAACAUUAAGUGUGUAA